GGCCGCACCGGAAGUGGCUGCGGAUCGGCGCGGAUGGCAGUGGCAGCGAUGACGGCGGCGGCAGCGGCCUCCGGAGGGGCAGGGGCGGCCCGCUCCCUCUCCCGCUUCCGAGGCUGCCUGGCUGGCGCGCUGCUCGGGGACUGCGUGGGCGCCGUCUACGAGGCGCGCGACACGGUCGACCUGACGUCAGUCCUGCGUCAGGUCCAGGACCUGGAGCCGGACCCCGGAUCGGCGGGGAGCCCGCGGACAGAAGCACUGUGCUACACAGACGACACAGCCAUGGCCAAGGCGCUGGUGCAGUCCCUGCUGGCCAAAGAGGCUUUCGACGAGGUGGACAUGGCUCACAGGUUUGCUCAGGAGUACAAGAAAGACCCAGACCGGGGUUAUGGUGCUGGAGUGAUCACUGUCUUCCGGAAGCUCCUGAAUCCCAAGUGCCGUGAUGUCUUUGAGCCUGCCCGGGCCCAGUUUAACGGCAAGGGCUCCUACGGCAACGGAGGUGCCAUGCGGGUGGCCGGCAUCUCCCUGGCCUAUAACAGCGUCCAGGAUGUGCAGAAGUUUGCCCGGCUCUCAGCCCAGCUGACACACGCCUCCUCCCUGGGAUACAAUGGUGCCAUCCUGCAGGCCCUGGCUGUGCAUCUGGCUUUGCAGGGUGAGUCGUCCAGUGAGCACUUCCUGGAACAACUCUUGGGCCACAUGGAGGAGCUGGAGAGUGAUGCCCAGUCCAAGUCGGAUGCCAGGGAGUUGGGCAUGGAGGAGUGUCCAUACUCCAGCCGACUGAAGAAGAUUGGAGAGCUUCUAGAGCAGGACUCGGUGACCAGAGAGGAGGUGGUGUCUGAGCUAGGGAAUGGCAUUGCUGCCUUUGAAUCUGUGCCCACCGCCAUCUACUGCUUCCUGCGCUGCAUGGAGCCUGACCCCGAGAUCCCCUCUGCCUUCAAUAACCUCCAAAGGACUCUCAUCUAUUCCAUCUCACUUGGUGGGGACACAGACACCAUUGCCACCAUGGCUGGGGCCAUUGCCGGUGCCUACUAUGGAAUGGAACAGGUGCCAGAGAGCUGGCAGCAGAGCUGUGAGGGCUAUGAGGAGACAGACGUCCUGGCCCAGAGCCUGCACCGGGUCUUCCAGAAGAGUCUGUGAGGGCCGCAGCUGCCGGGGCUCUACCACCGUGUCCAGCAGGAACAACUACACCUCAGAUUGGAAACCCUGGGCUUCCUCAGGCUUGGCUCCCUGCCUCGGUCUUCCUGCGCUCUGGGCGGAGUGCACCGCCGGGGCUGGGCUCUCCACUGGAACAGUGAGGGAGGAGCCGCUGCCUUCUGGCUCCGGGUUCCUGGCUUCUGCGGAGCCUCAGGUGCUCCCCGGCUCCUCAUUCAGAUGUGAGGGACCAGGAAGGUUUUAUUGUGAAUUGGUGCCUGUGCUGUUUUCCUUCAUUAUCUAGGACUUAGGAUGUGGGGAGGUGGAGACGAUCCACAGUAGCCUCAUUCCUCCUCGUCGGGAUUUAGCCACUCUGCCAGAAAGCCUGUCUUUGUGCUGUGCGGGGACCCCCAAGCACCGAGUUUGUAUGGAUCGGGGAGGUGGGCACGUGACUAGCUGAUCCACAUACACACCUGGCCCUUGGCUCUCUUGUUAACAGCUUCCAGAGGAAGUCACAGAGCAAUAAAGAGUUUUUGGUAAAUCCCA